AUGCGUCUGUUUAUUUUGUUGCUCGCUUUUGGAGGAUUUGUUUUUGAAAUAAUCUGCAGACCUCAGCCACUAGAAAACGAAGGCGAUGUAGAAAAAGCUGAGUAUGAAGGCAACGAGGAGGCAUCUAAAGAUUAUUUAAAUGAUAAGUCAGCGGUAGAGGCUCCACGAGAGAUAAAUGAAGAAGCUGCUCAAUGUAACAGAAAACCCACAUUGGAACAUGACGAUUCAAGGGCUUCAUAUCUGUAUUUACCUGAGAAUAACAACGAAAAUCUUUUAGAUCAUGAACCAAGUGGUAGACGUAGUCAAGAAAAUGUCAAUCAUAAUUCGGAGAGGGAAAUUCCAUCAUUGACCGACCGGCGUGAAAUACAACUAAAUAACGAUAACGAGGAAGAUGACAGUGAAGAAGAAAAUAUUUCACAGCCACAAAAAGAUAGUUCCACUAAUUAUAACAAAAGAAAUGAUGAAUUAGCACUAAAAUCUAAUGAACCUAUUUUAAAUUCCAAUGAAGAUAGCAAUUUUUAUGAAGAUGGUCAUCAACAAAUAAAUUAUAGGAAUGAAUAUAAUGAUGAACCUUUAGACGUAAACAGGCAAUCUUUAAUAAAUAAACAUAAAUCGUUUUAUAAAAAAGACGAUUUCUUUAUAAAACCCAAGCCUAACAUUAAACGUAUGGGAAAUAGAGACAGAAGGCAAACUGCCAUAGACAAUCGUGAAAAAGAUAACAUAUUUGACAAUAAAAACAAUAUGGAUAAAAAAGAUGAAUCCGAGAUCAGCGAUGAAGAUAAUGAAUCCGCGAUAAAGCGAAAUAUUAAAAAACUUUCUAGGGAAGAACUAGAGGAUCUCUUAAAUUCUUUAUCCGACGAUAAAAAAGCACUAUUGAAAAAAAUUAUCGACAGUAAGUUAGAGGGAAUAAAUAAACGAGAAAUAACAAAAAAAGCGGGAGCAGUUGAAGAAAAUAAUAUUUGCGAAAGUGGGCAAGCUGAUUUAAGUAAGAUAGAUGCUGGCAGAACUAUGGACUCGACACUAUCUUCAGCUUCAUUAUCUUCAGGUGAUACAACCGAAACUACAAAACAUGCUGAAGUUUCUAGCCCCAAAAACCCAGAAUCAGAUAAUGAUUCUGAUAAGACCGAUAACAAAAAUGAAUUAAACAAUUCAAACUUAUCAUUAAAGAAAGAGCCAUCCGUGGACGAUGAAGUACACAUUAAAGAGUCUAAAAAUGAUAUUAACGUUAAAGAAGCUCCGAAAAACGAAAAUAAAAGAGAAACAAAUUCUGAUGAUAUGGUGGAAGAUAAAUUGGAAAUGGGGAAUGAUUAUCUAUUAGCAGAUAGUCAAUAUGCUCCUUUAGGACAUGAGGAGGAGUGUGCAAGAGAUGACAGUUGGUCUGAAUUAAUGAAGGAUGAGUCAGAAUUGCACAAGGCAUACAACAAUUUUAAUAAAAGAGACGUUGAUAAUUAUGCUAAUUCAGCUGAAAUUCAAUCUUUAGAAGAGUCUUUCCCUAAUUACGAUUUGGUGGAUUCUAAAAAUUCUGAAUCAGAAAUGGCGCCUCUUGUCAGAGUAAAAAGAACCAAUGGCAAUUUGAACAAAAGAGUAACUGACCAUUGUAUGAACAUGAAAGUUCCAUUUUUCCCUAGAGCUCUCAAUGAUGACAAUGAUGAUAAUGAAAAAAGUGAAUUUGACGAUGGAGGCAUUUUUGAAAGGGCUUCGCAUUAUGAAAACAUGGAAAAAGAUCACAUUUUUAAAGCAGAGCUAGAAAAAAAUAAUGAACGCAUACAACGUUCAAACAACAACGAAAAAAAAUGUAAAACACAAUUCAAGAACUACUCAAAAAUUAAAACCGAGAAUGAUAAUACAAAAAUAGGUUCGGAUACAGAUAAUAUAUUGUCCAAUGUUGAAGGUGUUGAUGAUAAUUUAAUGUUAAAUAAUGGUUUACGUAAAAAACGUAUUGCCGAUGAUACUUAUUUGAACGACGAGUUAGUCAAUAUUGAAAAUAACGAAUUAACACCAAAAUCUGUACCCGAUUUUAUAAGCAUUGAAAAAAGUAAUGAUUUAACACAUAAUUCUUUUAAUGCGGCUAACUGUCAAGAAAACGAAGCCUUUGGGCCUGUUUCACACAGCCCCGAGGGAGAGCUCAGUCGAUUUAAAAGAGUGAGGCGAUUAAAACUAUCGUCGCAAUGAAGAUUAAAUUAGAGGAAAUUGUUUAAUUGAAAUGUCCUAAAUUCACUUGAUGAUACUUUUUUAAUAA